CGGCAUAACCCUCAUCCCUGUCGGCUCUAACCCCUGUUCGGGUGGGCAUGGGAACCGCACCCCCCGGUGGCUGUUGAGGGGAUGGAUCCGUCCAGGCAUCCAGGUAAGCCCCGAGGCCCCGACUGGCUGACUCGUAAAUCGGCCAGCUCGAAUUUCUCCGGCUCGUGACGUUGGGCCGUCGUGUCUUUCUUUCUAUAUAAAGCCGGAGAUCAUGCAGUAUUUCAGUAGCUCACCGUUCUUGCUCGUUUCUAACCCGUUAUUUUCUAGUUUUAUUCUUUCUUACUGAACUUGGAUCUCGAUCUCUCUCAAUACUCGGGUAAGUCCCGGUCGAUCUUCCUGUGCCUGUACAUCCCAUCGCGACAACCCGUCACUUCCACCAUGGCGGGAAUCCCCUGGAAUACCAUCCAUCUGGCCAUCGCUGGAUACACGUACUUCCGGUCGACAUUUACGGCUUUUAUCAUACUAUCUGCCAUCACGGUCCUUCUGAGAAUAUUCUACCGCGUGGCUUUGUAUCCUGUCUACUUUACUCCUCUUAAGCACAUUCCAACCCCUCCGGUACGAUCAUGGCUCACCGGCAACAAUCCCACGUUCGUCCCCGAGGACCAGUACGAGCGGAUGCGCCAGUGGAACCACGACCUGCCCAAUGAUGGCCUGAUCCGAUUCUACAUGGCCGGCAACAUUGAGCGCACCAUGGUGACAACCCCCAAAGCCUUGGGCGAACUUCUCGUUCAAAAGGCCUAUGAGUUUGAGAAGCCACCGCUGGUCCGGCGCUCGCUUGGUCGCGUCACUGGGGAACAUGGUGUCCUCUUAGUAGAGGGUGCGGAGCAUAAGCGCCAACGGAAGCUUCUCAUGCCCGCCUUCUCCUAUCGCCAUAUCAAAAACCUCUACCCGAUUUUCUGGUCCAAGGGCAUUGAGAUGGUGAAACUCAUCGAAGAAGACCUGCGCCGUCGGGGAACCCCAACAGACAACGUCAUCCGCGUAUCAACCUGGACCAGCCGAGCAACCCUCGACAUCAUCGGCCUGGCUGGAAUGAACCGAGAUUUCAAUUCCCUCAGUAAUCCCAACAAUGAGCUCGCAAUCCAGUACCACAAAAUCAACAGCGUGCCGCCUACGCGUCUCGAGAAAGGCCUCUUCCUUACCGGACUGAUCUUCGACGCCGCCCACCUCGUCCACAAACUCCCUUUCAAACGCAACCGCUACAUCGCCGAGAGCUCCGCCUACAUCCGCAGCGUCGCACUCCAAAUGAUUUGCGACGCGCGCUCAUCCACCAAAGGCGACAAAACACACCAAACCACCGACGCCGUCGACAUCAUCUCCGUCGCCCUCUCCAGCGACGGAUUCACCGACGAAGAACUCAUCGACCAAAUGAUGACCUUCCUAGCUGCCGGCCACGAAACCACCUCCACCGCCCUCCAAUGGUGCGUCUACGCCCUCAGCAAACAUCCGGAGGUUCAAACCCGUCUGCGCGAAGAAAUCCGGACCAACCUCCCCUCCAUCUCCGUCGAAAACCCCGAGCCCAUCUCCGCCACCACCCUCGACUCCCUCCCCUACCUCAACGCCGUCUGCAACGAAGUCUUCCGCUUCUACCCCUCCGUUCCCAUCACCAGCCGCAUCGCGACCAAAGAUACGUCUCUCGCCGGCCAGCAUAUCCCCAAAGGAACAAUCGUCCACAUCGUCCCCGCCAUGACGAAUCACGAUAAGACUCUCUGGGGGCCGGACGCAGAUAAAUUCGAUCCGGAGCGGUGGCUUGGUCCCGGCGGGGCGAACACCGGGGGCGCGACCAGCAAUUACGCCUUCUUGACCUUCAUCCAUGGCCCCCGCAGUUGUAUCGGGAUGGGCUUCGCGAAAGCAGAACUCGCAUGUCUUCUCGCUGCCUUUGUGGGGAAGUUUCAGUUUGAACUUGAAGAUCCGAACGCACCGUUACUCCUUCGUGAAGGUGCGACAGUGAGUCCUAAGGAUGGAGUUCGUGCGAAAAUUACCCCGUUGGAGGGGUGGUAGAUGGGUAGCAGGUGGUAGGUGGUAGGUGAUAGACAGCCAGUGGGCUUCAUGACAUGACUAUGACUAUUGCCAUAUACAUUCUUGUACUUUGUUCUAGAGACUCUUCCAAUCUCAUGAUCCAUGUUCCAUAAUAUCAUUGUAGUACGUGAUGAACUGGUUCCAAUCAAGCAUAUGCUUCCUUAAUCUUCUCACCCAGAUACUCCGCCAGCACCAAGAUCUUCUCUUCCUGCAGACGCCGUCCAAAGAGCUGGAUCCCAGCUGGUGCGCCAUCAUACGCCUCCGCAUCAUCUACAUCCCAGUCAGUAUAUCCCAAACACACUCCCCACGACAAAAAAAGUAAAGAAAAUAACUCACACUCCCCAUCCGUCUUCCGAUCCAACUCACUCAAAUACUCUCUCUCCGUCACCACAUCCACCCCCUUAUCCGCAUUCG